CGCCGCCGGCGCUGCUGCUGCGCUUCUUCCGGGGCGGCGGGGGCGGCGGGCGCUGCCGGCGGGGCCGCAAGAUGCCGGCCGACCUGAUGGAGAAGAGCAGCGCCUCGCCGGUGGCCGCCACCCCCGCCAGCGUCAACGCGACGCCCGACAAGCCCAAGACGGCGGCGGAGCAGCGGAAGGUAAGCGGGGCCCGGGCGGCGGCGCCGCGGGCGCGGGGCCGCGGGGCGCUCACCGCCGCGCCGCCUCUCUUGCAGUCGUCCAAGCCCAUCAUGGAGAAGCGGCGGCGGGCGCGCAUCAACGAGAGCCUGGGGCAGCUCAAGACGCUCAUCCUGGACGCGCUGAAGAAGGAUAGCUCGCGGCACUCCAAGCUGGAGAAGGCCGACAUCCUGGAGAUGACCGUGAAGCACCUGCGGAGCCUCCAGCGGGCGCAGAUGACGGCUGCGCUGAGCACAGACCCCACGGUGCUGGGCAAGUACCGGGCCGGCUUCAGCGAGUGCAUGAACGAGGUGACGCGGUUCCUCUCCACCUGCGAGGGUGUCAACACGGAGGUGCGCACUCGGCUCCUGGGCCACUUGGCCAGCUGCAUGACCCAGAUCAAUGCCAUGAACUACCCUGCGCCCCCACCGCCUCCACCGCUGCCGCCGACCGCAGCCUUUGGGCCACCGCUGGUGCCGCCGGGCGGUGGCGGGGGGCCGCUCCCGGGCAUGCCCUGCAAGCCGGGCGCAGACGCAGCUAAGGUGUAUGGUGGCUUCCAGCUGCUGCCGGCCUCCGAUGGGCAGUUUGCCUUCCUCAUCCCGAGCACCGCCUUUGGGCCUGGUGGUGCUGUGCUGCCCCUGUACGGUGGCCCGCCGACAGCUGCCACGGCCGCCUCGCCGCCUGGCCCGCCACCUGGCACAGCCGACUCGGUCUGGAGACCGUGGUGAGGGUGGCGGGCACCGGACUGAACUGAGCACUGCACCCCGUGCUGCUGGCACGGCUGUACAUAGGUUAUAUGUUCAUAUUGGAUUGUGCCUUUGUACCAUAGCGCUCCCUUGACAGCGUUUCGUGUUUUACACGAGAUCUUUUUCUUCCCUUUCCUCUUCUUCCUUAUGUGACACCAAAGAUCAAAGUUGGUUUUUUUUUGAAUGCUCUUAAAAUAAAAGCAUCCCUUCCAUUUUGGAAGGUCUUUGGAGAUAA